AUGAGCUCCUACUUUGUCAAUCCGCUGUACUCCAAGUACAAGGCGGCGGCGGCAGCGGCGGCGGCGGCGGGGGAGCCCAUCAAUCCCCCGUACUACGACUGUCACUUCGCGCCCGAGGUGAGCAGCCGCCACGCCGCCGCCGCGGCCGCUGCCGCCGCCCUGCUCUACGGGAACGGCGCGGCCGCCGCCGGCUUCCCGCACCCCGUGCCCGGCGGGGCGGGGGGCGGCGGCGGCGCGGCCGCGGACUUUUACCACCCAGCCGGGGGGAGCCCCACGGCCGCCUACCAGCCGCCUCCUCCUCCCCCCGCCGCGCCUCCGCCUCCUGCCCCCUGCAGCGGGGUUACCUGUCACGGGGAGCCCGCUAAAUUUUACGGAUACGAUAACUUACAGAGACAGCAGAUUUUUACGACACAGCAAGAGGCCGAGCUGGUACAAUAUCCUGAUUGUAAAUCGUCCAGUGCUAAUAUUGGCGAGGAACCAGACCACUUAAAUCAGAGCUCGUCUCCUGCUCAAAUGUUUCCCUGGAUGAGACCACAAGCAGCGCCGGGUAGGAGGAGAGGAAGACAAACGUACAGCCGAUUCCAGACUCUAGAGCUGGAAAAGGAGUUCCUCUUUAACCCCUAUCUGACCAGGAAGAGGAGGAUCGAGGUGUCCCACGCACUAGGACUUACUGAGAGGCAGGUAAAGAUCUGGUUUCAGAAUAGAAGGAUGAAAUGGAAAAAAGAGAACAACAAGGACAAAUUCCCUGCUUCCAGACAGGAGGGAAAGGAAGGAGAGGCCAAAAAGGAAGCACAUGAUCUGGAAGAAGACAUAGCUGAAGGCCAGACGAAUUAAAUUUUGACCUAAAAGCCUUUGUGAAAGGCUGUCAAAAAUCACCAGACAUCUCGGCGCGUCUCCUACUAUACACAGUCCUGC